AACGUCACAAUUAGGUUUGAAGUUGAUUCAUGUCCUAAGUGCGACCGUGACUAGGCGGAACGCGCGGAGAAGGUGAUACAAGUGGCAGAGAACCGACUAUUAUUGUGGGUAGUGCUGCUGUAAAGGCCGCGCGAUCUUGUUCUAGUGCAUGAUUCGCUGGCCUAUUGGGUAAAAUCGGCCGGUAAUUGACCCUACAUCACAGAAAAAAUGGAAGAAAACGGAGGAUAGCUCUAGCAUGAAUUGCAAAAAGAGGUACUAUUGUAUUGUCUCUGUGUCUCGUUAUAUGGCAGUACUAGUGCCAUCUCGUUAAAAAGGCCACAAUGCAUAUGCAUGAGACUACUAGUAACCGAAAUGAUCCUACCUUCCUUCUCCCACUGCAGGUCUUGGCUAGAGAAUAUUGCGAGAAAUUUAUUGUGGUGGAGAAACCGGCCGUCUGCCAUGAUAGCUGCCACCGGCACCAGUGAUAUAGACCCUGACGACCACCUACCCGACCUUACGGGAUUGGUAUCCAAACAGUCGCCUCAUCCGAUAGCGCACGGUAGUUUCGGGGACGUGUGGAAAUGCACCUACAACGCACCAAACCGUCAAGGCCAGGAGGUAGCAGUCAAAUCCAUAAGGAUCGAUAUCGCAGGUGACGAUUCCAGAACCAGAUUUACUCAAAGACUCUUGGGCGAUUUCCAUGCACGGAAGCAACUGCAUCACGAAAAUCUUUUGCCUCUGCUCGGUUUCAGUCAUGAAUUUGGGCCACUUCCAGCGAUGGUUACCCCCUGGAAACACAACGGCUCGCUCACAACAUAUCUUGAACACCAUUUCAUAGAAUUGACCAUUGAACAAAAGCUUCGGAUUUUGCGGCAAGUCGCUGCAGCCAUCAGCUACCUCCACUCGAAGGGCGUGGUACAUGGUGACCUUACUGCCAACAACAUUCUGAUAGACUCGGACCGCAAUGCCUACGUAGCAGACCACGGAAUUCUCACAAUGUGUUCUGAGCUCUCAGGGACUUCAUACAUCAGAAGCAACGUGCGGUGGGCUGCGCCAGAGCUCUUCGAGGUACCCGAGAACGAAGAGUCAUUAGCUCCACAGCCAGCUAGCGAUAUUUAUUCCUUCGGAUGCAUCAUACUUCAGGUCAUGACAGGUCGACCACCCUAUGCAGAUGUGCGAAGCGAUCAUCAAGUCAUUGUCCUGAUACUGAAGGGUAAGAAGCCUACAAGACCAACAAGUCCGCACGAUGCAGAUUCUUUCUGGGAUUUCAUCGAGAAAUGUUGGGGUGAUAUAGGACGUCGCCCAUCUGCCGUUGAUGUUCUGAACUUUCUAGGAUCAGAUCAUGUCACUGCGCUAGUCAAACAUACAGAAAGCUGAUCGAUCAUUGAUUUUAUUUGUUUAUAUGUAUAUAUUUUAUAUGACAUACUGUAACAUAAUCAUUCCUAUUAUGUAAGCCCGAAUUUUUUGUACCACAGGAAGUCGCUUCUACUUACCGCAUAUCAGACUUUUCGUUGUCAUAUCCACUCAGCAUUCGCGCUCGACGCUGACCCAGUGAGCAGUUUUUUUAUACAAAAAAGUCAUAUUUAUUGUCCUUUGGGGUCGAAGGUCGAAGAUCCUAUGUCUGACAUAGCCGCGGCCCUAUUCGCGGAGGAU